UUGGUCGCCCUGUGAACGCGAUAUGUCGGAGCUCGUUGCCGCUCUUCCGGUUCACGUCGUUCUUUCAGACGAGUAAAAUGGCUGAUCAGAGUGAGCGUGCGUUUCAGAAGCAACCCACGAUCUUUCUUAACCGUAAGAAAGGUCUGGGCCCGAAGCGGAGGAAGCCUAUGAGGUAUAGCCGCAAUGUCGGGCUUGGUUUCAAGACUCCUCGCGAAGCUCUUGAGGGAACCUACAUCGAUAAGAAAUGUCCAUUCACUGGCAAUGUAUCGAUCAGAGGACGUAUUCUCACUGGCGUUGUACAAAAGAUGAAAAUGCAACGUACUAUAGUUAUUCGCAGGGAUUAUUUGCAUUAUAUUAGAAAAUAUAACAGGUUUGAGAAGCGUCACCGUAAUAUGAGCGUUCAUCUUAGUCCUUGCUUCAGAGAUGUAGAAAUUGGUGAUGUGGUCACUAUUGGAGAAUGCAGACCUUUAAGCAAGACAGUAAGAUUUAAUGUAUUAAAAGUUUCGAAAGGAACAGGAUCAAAGAAGAGUUUCAAGAAAUUCUAAACAUCUACCUUUUCAACAAUGAAUCGUUAUUGGCAGA